AUGACAAACCCAAAGCCAGGGCAUGCUGCCUUGGUAGUUGAGGCGCAAAUAGGAGGGUACAAUAUGAGCAAAGUCUUCAUGGAUGGCAGAAGCGGACUAAAUCUGAUAUUCGCGGACACAGUCAAGAAUAUGGGAAUUACUAUGAGGAUGUUGGAAGAAUUUGAUACAUGUUUUCAUGGCAUCCUCCCCACUUUACCAGCGUACUCUCUUGGCAGAGUUUACUUGAAUGUUGUCUUUCGAAAGCCUGAUAAUUUCAGGAAGGAAAAGAUAGAGUUCGAGAUAGUAGAUUGGGAAUCGCAGUACCAUGCUAUACUCGGGAGACCAGCUUAUGCCAAGUUUAUGGUUGUGCCACAUUAUGCGUAUCUCAAGCUCAAGAUUCCAGGCAAUAAUGAAACCAACAUCACAGUCUAUGGAAGUUUUUCACGCUCAGACAACUGUGACCGCGAGUUUCAGAGGAUUGCUGCCAAGUUCGGAAUAAAGCAAGAAGCUGUAGACUUAUCUUCUAAACAGUUGGCACUUAAAGAUAAAGAGGAUGAGAGCAUCAAGAAAUUGAAAAAGAAACUGGAUGACCCUGCCCUGAAAUUUUCAGCAGUUGGGCCUUCGGCAGCUGAUAGCAAGGCCUCUGCCGAAGACGGUAAAACUCUAGCGCUUGCUGCAAGUACUUCUGAUGGAAUCAUCGAAGCCACCAAAGCCACCGGCUCUCUAGACAAGAUCGAAGAUAAGAAGAACCCUCCUCUUGUUUAA